AACAUGGAUUUCAGUUAUCCUUCGAACAAGGCUACAACUGGAACUGGUUGACUUGUGGUGUAGCCACACCUGUGUGUAGGUAGGAGAGGAAGAACUUUAACCCUCAGGCCCACAGGAAACAUUACAUUAGGUGAUUCCUUUCCAAACCCUGACAAUACUGUUUACCCAAGCAAAAAAAGCUUGGGAACUGUGGGUUAGUAUCUGGGCAUUGCUGCUAUGUGGACCACGUAUCCUGGACUUGUUGGCCUCUCUGUCAUUGGGGGAGGUGGGAGGGUGUCAGGGGCUGUGUCUACCUCAGGGAGCCUUCUACCCAAUCUCCCUGCCAGUGUGUUGGUGGCCAUAGACCCUGCUUGCCAGAGUGUUGGUUCCAAGGGCUUCAGACAGCUCCUGCUGUCCCAUCUAUUCAUGUAGUCCUAUUGCCUGGACCCCUUGGAAUUCUCCUAGGUACCACACUCCAAUUCAGGAGGAAUUCUAGCCAUGUCUUCCAGAAUUUUAUUUCUCAAUUAGUUCAUAAAAUGUUCAGGCCAUCUCGUUUAACUCUUGAGUCGUUGGUUGAAGAAAGAAAACAAAUCAAGGAUUGAUUAGGGAGCCCCUGACUUGAAGCUCAGACACCCUACCUUGGCCUGCCCUGUACCCUCACCUUCCCUGUUCUCUCAGAACAAUGUGCCACCUCUGCACUCUCCUUAAAGCUUUGUCCUCCUUAGAGCUCACUUUUUUAACUUUUAACUUUUUUUUUUUUUUUUUUUGGCAAGCACUCCACCACUGAGCCACACCUCCAGUUCUGCCACUCACUUCAAAGUCUCCAGGUUUCUCCUGUCCUUCCUGUGACCCUCCUCCUACCUCCUCUCAGGAUUCCGCCCUGCUUUUUCCCUACCCCUCUUCCUGUUGCUGCCUUUUCUCCUCCUCCUACAGACUUGCUGAGGCCCCAUUGCUUUCCUUUCCCACUUUCCUUCCCUGGCAGCUUCUUCCCUGGCCACUCUCUGCCCUUCUCAUCCCCACCAGUACUCUCCUUUUGGCUGGUUGUCAAACCAGGACAACCGACUCUUCAAAAGCCUCUGCUUCUGAGGUCCAGGUGUGCUACUUCUAACCCUCUUCCAUCUGUCCCUCUCAGGCCUCAGCUGUGUCUGCCCCACCCUCCUCAUUGGUCUCCAGGACCUUCCCAUUGCUCACAGGUUAGGGCCCUGGGUCAGGCAGGAAAAGCAUCUGCAUUGCUUCCCAAGCCCAGGCACUCAGUGUCCCCACACGAAUAACAAUAAAAAUUAAUGGACAUUGUACAGUAUGUUUCAGCAACACAGGAAAUACUCAGAGUACUUAAGAAUUAAUAAAUCAUUCAACCACCAGAACAGGUCUGUGGAAGCCAUUUUCAUGCAUAAAACAUGCACCUCAGAGGAAGGUAAGUUACCUCCAAGGAUUGGGAAAGGCCUGGUUUAACUCUGGGAGCCUAUCCCUAGAACCUCACCUUGCAGCUAAAGCAGGAGGCCAGGAGGUGACCUGCCAGCUCUGAAUUUCAGAUCUAAGAUCCUCCAGGUCACUGGGCUCAGGAUCUAUAAGCAUUUGGGAAAAGUGGGGAAAUGGUGACCUCCCCUCUGUACCUGGACUUGAGUGCCCAGUUUGAUUUUGGGGCCUGUGGGAAAGCAGGGCAUUGCUUCUAAGCACAGCCCCAUGCUGGGCUAUAGGCCUUGGUGUCACACAGUAGGCUCAGUUUGCUGCAAGGCUCAAGCUGUGCUGUGUUGUCCACAAACCGACUGCUCCCUGGCUCUGUGUGAGUUGCUUAUCUUAAAGCCAAGUUGCUGGGGAUGGGGUGGGGACAAAGCUUCCCCUCACUCAACAAGCUUAUGGAGGCUGGCAUUGUGGGGUCAGACGCAGCCUUCUCUCAAGGAAGUGCUGAGCAGAAGCCACAGAGGGAGGGCCUCUGUCGAGCAGGAGGGUCCACAUGAUGACUUCCUGGCCAGCAACCUCAGAAGCAUGGUAUGCAGAGAAUGGGGAGAGCUAUCUCAAUGGCCCAGCACCUGGGGUUCCCGCUGUCAUGGGAAAGUCCCUACCCAGAUGUCAGUUGUGUCAGCACUGGCCCCCACUAGCUGAAAACCCUCAGGUCCACAAGGUGAGAAGGGAGGAGGAACAGUACUUCAUGUGGGCCUUUGCUCCAGUGUCAGUGUGUUUGUGUCUCCAGGACUACAAAGUUUUAGCUCAUCAGCCCCAUGAUGGAUCUUGGUAGACGUGCUUCUGUCUGAUCAUGUCCAAAGGAUCUCUGGACUUCCAGGUCAGACUGGGCCACCUGCAGGCUGUUCUCAUUUACCUGGGUGCUCUCCAAAGGCCCAGAGAACCACAUACUUUUAGGGCAUUUUGAACUUCUUACAAAGUCACAAUUAACGGGCCUUUCCUCCUAAAAGGCUAUGUUAAAACCAAAUUUAUUCUCAGAAUGAUUUGGGGGGCUUUAAGGAGCCUCAGAAAUGUCACAUGUAGAACUGGGGCUAUUGUGGAACCUUAAGAGAAAGAAAAAAAAAAGCUAAGGGUACAUUUAAGUGGAAACUGUUCUAGGGGUUCUGUGGGGUCCCAGCUCUGAAGAGGGCAGAGUAAAAAUUCCUUACAAAGGUUGGAGGUGAUUAUUUCUUCACUUGCCUUCCCACCCCCCCGUGUUCUGUGUCCUGUAUUUCAGCAGGGCUUUCAAAAGCAUCACUUAAUAACUACCAAAAUAAAUUACCACCUUGGACUGUAAUUUUGUCACCUCAAGCAACUUUUAAAUGUGUCUUUUUAAAAUAUAAGUAAAAGCAAUCUAAAUAGAGUGUAAAGUGAAUUUUUUUUCUUCUGUUGCCAGAGGCAACCAUAAUGAAGUCUCCUUCCAGCAAGUGACUUCAGAUCUUUACACAAAUGGCAAUCAUUUUACAUGGUAUCCCAUGAUUAGUUUUACUUAAUAUACUGAUCUGUGGUGCAUUUGCAUGGUCACACUGUCCAUUGUGGGGCUGUGCCACCAGCAAAUGGACCUUGCCCUCAGUAAAGGGGAGUAUGUUUACAGACAUAGGUAACAGAAAACCCAGUUCAGACUGGCCUGCACAAUGAGGGGAGGGUUUUGGCUCCUGAACCUGGAAAGUCCAGAAGUGGGCAAGUGACAAACACAUCCAGUGGCUCUUGGGAGAAGAUGGUGAGGUCUGGGUCUGGGUCAUGGGUGAAGGCCCUGGUGACAAGCCUUAUGAAGAGAUCUCCGAGGAGCUGAUUGCAGAGAGAGCGCGGCUGCAAGCACAGAGGGAAGCCGAGGAGCUCUGGAAACAGAAGGAGGCAGAGAUCACCAAGAAGUUCCGGGAUGCUCUAGCCAAUGAGAAGGCCCGGAUCCUGGCGGAGAAGUGGAAAGUGGAGAUGGAGGACCGCAAGGCUGCCAAAGUCCUGGAGGAACGCAUCCACGAAGAAUUCAAGAGGAAAGAGGAAGAAGAGAGGAAGCGAGGAGAAGAGCAGAUUCGCCUUCAGGAGGAACAGAGAGCGAAGGAGCUUUACUGGUCGCUGAAGCAAGCCCAGCUGCGUUGCCAAGCCAGCGAGAAAGAGGAGCAAGAGUGGGAAGAACAGUUGCGCAGGUCCAAGGCAGCUGAUGAGGAGAGGAGCCGCAGGGCCCAGCGUGCCCGAGAUGAGUACCGGCGCCACUCACUCCGUGCCAUCCAGAAGGGUACAGUUGCUGGCCUUAGCUCCAUGUUCCAGGAGCUCGGCCAGAACCAUGAGCAGGAAUCAAGACUCUACCACCAUCUUCCUGGUCCUGGUCCACCACCACCCCUCGCUGUGCCUGUAAGCAGGACUUGGGAGCGCCCACUGCGUCCACUCUCCAGAGAAGUCAUUGUCCGCUGGUUUAAGGAGGAGCAGCUGCCUCGCCGAGCUGGCUUCGAGAGGAACACCAAGUCGAUCGCUCCCUGGUUCCAUGGAAUCAUCAGCCGAGAAAAUGCAGAAGAUCUCCUGGAGAACAUGACUGAGGGAGCAUUUCUGACCCGAGUCAGUGAGAAAAUCUGGGGUUACACCCUCUCAUACCGCCUGCAGAAAGGCUUCAAGCACUUUCUCGUGGACGCCUCUGGAGACUUUUACAGCUUUCUGGGAGUGGACCCCAAUCGCCAUGCCACACUCACGGAUCUCAUUGAUUUUCACAAGGAGGAGAUUAUCACUGUUUCAGGGGGAGAAUUGCUACAGGAACCCUGUGGACAGAGGGACAGCCCACCAGACUACCACCUAUUAUUUGAAUGAUUAUUUUUUUCCUUAUUAUAGUUAAAUCCCUUUGGGUACCCUCUUUCUGAACUCAGUGCAAGAACUUCCCAACUCAAAUCCCAAUGGCUUUCUAGAAGAUCUACCACUAUCCAGAGGAUCAAGUACAUCAGUAUGUCUCAAGAGAUAUGAAAUGUGUGCAUCUGUGCUGUGGGUCCCAUCCCAAUGCUCAGGACAGAAAUUGCUAAUAGCUGCUGCAACUGUUUCAUGGAGAAUUUAGCUGUGACCUCAGAAGAUUCACCCUAUUUGUCAUGGCUACUCUAAACUAAGCUCCUAGAAUGUAUGGAUCAUGUUUUAAUAAUCCAAAAUAUUCUAGUGCUGAACCUGGACUUUAACAUGUGGUGUGAUAAACAUUCAAUAAAUGUUGGUUGAACAAA